AUGGAUAUAACCCCUUCCAUCACCACCACCACCAACAACACCACCAGCACAAAAUCCCCGGAAGCAGACAGCGAAACCCCGACCCGGAUCCAACCCGCGAAGCCUUUGUCCUUCAGCAACGGCGUCCUCAAACGCCACAACCCCCACCCCCACCCCCACCACCACCACCUUCACCACCACAACAUCCCCAUCACGCCGGUCAUCGUCACCUACAAAGAAUGCCUCAAGAACCACGCAGCCACCUUGGGCGGCCACGCUCUCGACGGCUGCGGCGAGUUCAUGCCCUCUCCAACGGCCAUACCCACCGACCCCACCUCGCUAAAAUGCGCUGCAUGCGGCUGCCACCGCAAUUUCCACCGCCGUGACCCCGAAGACCCCAUGCCGCCAUCCACCGCCGCCGCCACGACGCACGUCAUCGAGUACCAGCCCCACCAUCGCCACCAUCCUCCGCCGCCGACUCACGGAGGAAAUCGAAGCCCCAAUUCGGCUUCCCCGCCCCCGAUCUCGUCUUCUUACUACCCUUCUGCCCCCCACAUGCUCUUGGCUCUUUCGACGGCUCAUGAAAACGCUUUGGGCGGUCCUAACAAUCAUCAUAGUCCUCAACCCCCAAUUGUUUCGCCGAGCCCGAACGCGAGGAAGCGGUUCAGGACCAAGUUCAGCCAGGAGCAGAAGGACAAGAUGUACCAAUUUGCAGAGAGGGUUGGGUGGAAGAUGCAGAAGCGGGACGAGGAGAUUGUGCAGGAGUUUUGCAAUGAGAUUAAUGUGGACAAAGGGGUUCUCAAGGUUUGGAUGCACAACAAUAAGAACACCUUUGCCAAAAGAGACGUCAUCAAUGGCAGUGGCGGUGGUCUUAGCGGUGGGGUUAGCAGACCCAACAUUCUGCUUGAGCAAGCUCACAACAACGGCAACGGCAACGGCAACGGAAACGGCAACAACAACAACGUCGACGAUGAAAAUGAUGAACACAACGACGACGACAACAACAACAACAGCGAUAUGCAGAACCUAAAUCACUACCAGGGUACUGAUGGUGGUGCGGCGGGACAUGCUGGCACCAAUGGGUCGUCGUCUUCUUCUUGA